UCCCCGUAUUUAGAGCAGAGUCUCAGACGCUAAGCCUCGACAGCGGCGUCGUCCUCCAACUCUUGCCGGGAAUUUUCCAAUCAAGCAAGCCUUCUUGAAAUGCCGGCAACAGACCAAGAGCUUUCUUUCGAGACGAAAGUCGUCCACGUCGGUCAAGAUCCACAGCAAUGGAAUUCCAGGGCCGUCGUUCCACCGAUCUCCAUGGCGACAACUUUCCAACAGAGGGGUCCAGCUGAUCAUGCGGGCUUCGAGUAUUCCCGUUCGGGGAAUCCUACCCGCAGUUGCCUCGAAGAGCUGCUGGCGUCGCUGGAAAACGCGAAGUUCGCUAUGUGCUACGCCUCUGGCUUAGCGGCAACGGACAAUGUGGUGCAUUUGUUGGAAACAGGGGAUCAUAUUGUUGCCUUCGACGACCUAUAUGGCGGAGUCGGCCGUCUCUUCAGAGCAUGCGCCAUGCCGAAAGGAAUCGAAGUGGAUUUCGUAGAUGCCCGAGAUCCUCAAGUCGUGGCCGCUGCGUUGAAACCGAACACGAAGCUGGUAUGGGUCGAAACCCCCUCGAACCCCAUGAUGAAAAUCGUGGAUAUAGCUGCCGUUUCGGCAGCUGUGAAGAAGGGCGCUCCACAGGCCAUCCUGGCAGUGGAUAACACGUUCAUGAGUCCGUGCUUUCAGAAUCCGCUCCAACAAGGUGCUGACAUCGUAAUACAUUCGAUAACUAAGUACAUCAAUGGACAUUCGGAUAUCGUGAUGGGAUGUAUCAUGACGAACAAUUUGAAGCUGCACGAAAAGCUUCGCUUCCUCCAGAACGCUGUCGGUGCCGUUCCGUCGCCCUUCGACUGUUAUAUGGUGAACAGAGGGAUCAAGACUCUCGCUCUCCGAAUGCAGAGACACCACGAGAACGCACUCAAAGUCGCAAAAUUCUUAGAAACGCAUCCGCUCGUCGAGAAAGUCAUUCACCCAGGCCUCGAAUCCCAUCCCCAGCACCUCUUAGCGAAGCGACAAUGCUCAGGCUUCAGUGGCAUGCUCUGCUUCUACCUCAAGGGUGGUCUGGCCGAAUCCCGAAAACUGCUGUCAGCUCUGAAGCUUUUCACUUUGGCUGAGAGUUUAGGAGCAGUGGAGUCCCUGGCUGAGCUGCCGUCCGUCAUGACGCAUGCGUCCGUUCCCGCAGAAUUGCGAGCUCGACUCGGUAUCUCGGAUGCGCUCAUCCGUUUGUCCGUCGGUAUUGAAGCUGUUCAGGACCUCAUAGACGACCUGGAUCAAGCUCUGGCCGCAUCACAGAAAUGAGAGGAGGAGUUGGUCCUAGAGCGACUAAUAGAGGUGAUGCAUGCGAGCCACCGCGGGAUAUCCCCCUCGCCAUCAGUCUCGUGGGGCAGCACUGGGGAAGAGUAUCACGAUACUGCCUCCUCAGCGACCCUUGUUCUGGUUCUCGAUUUCUUCUUACAAUAUUUAUUGGCAGUGCUUGAUUCCUAGAUAGUUCCUCCUGAACGACUCAUUUGCGUGGUCCCAGUUUGUAUCGGCGCGGCGUUCAACCGUUGCGCCGUUGGAGGAUUCUUCACAAUAAAUUCGGUGACGGCGGAGCCGAUCGAGUCACCGGCAACUGGCAACGUCGCUCAAGCU